AUGUCCAACCUUCAACAUAUACUUGUCUCUUCCCGCUCUGCCGCCUUUUUGUUUCGCACAAGCAUUUACGAUCCUUCAGACUCUUCAUUUGUACUUGGACAACCGGCGGCUCAUGGACAGCCUGGGCCUCAGAAUUACUUUUGCACUUCGACCAUACCGACCCCCCUGCGUGUGAACAAUCCCAGGACGUCGGCAUUUUCCAUACCAAACUAUUCUCGUUCUACUAGAAUGAGCUCCUCCACCGAACCCGUUGCCAAUGAUGCUGGUUCACUUCGCCAGCGUCAGAGACGUGCUUCGUCGUCUGGCGAUAGCGAAGAAGUGAAUGCGUCAAUCUCCAAAGAUGACCAGUCUGACGUCACCGAAGAUAUCGAGCAGAAACCCAAAAAGACAUUUGGUCGUACCCCGGAUGGCACAGUGUUCACAGUUCCUACGACCCAUGACAUGGUAUCGCAGUUGCUCGAUCCAAGACAGCCCAAGAACCUGUCCGACUUACUCGUGCUGGCGAUUCUGGCCUUGCAAAUCGGUGCUGCGUAUUUUAUUCCAGGAACCUGGAAGCGCCCGGUGUUUGCUCUUGUCUUUCUUUUCUGGAGAGCGGCGUAUAAUAUCGGCAUCGGUUACCUCCUCACCAUUCAAUCCCAACAUCGCAGAUUGGAGACAUGGGCUGUGAGAUGGAAACUCUUUGAACAUCCUAGCUCGGGCAAGCAACCAAGACCCUGGCUCUAUAACAUGCUUAAGCGGGAGCUCGAGGCAAAGAUACCUGAAGACUACGAGUUCGAGAAGGCUCCUAUGGAGUACAACACAUGGCUCGUCUUCCGCCGUGUCGUCGAUCUGAUCUUGAUGUGUGACUUCGUGUCCUACUGCCUGUUUGCCAUCGUCUGUGGCCACACCCCUGAGGGGGAGAGCUUCUUGCUCGGUGUGGGCCGAUGGUCUAUCGGUAUUUUUCUGGUCCUCUUUAACCUUUGGGUUAAGCUGGACGCCCAUCGAGUUGUGAAAGACUAUGCCUGGUACUGGGGAGACUUCUUUUAUCUCAUCGACCAAGAGUUGACCUUUGAUGGCGUGUUCGAGAUGGCCCCUCAUCCCAUGUACUCGAUUGGCUACGCCGGCUACUAUGGCAUUUCCAUGAUGGCCGCGAGUUACGAAGUGCUCUUCAUUUCCAUCAUUGCCCACCUCGCCCAAUUUGCCUUCUUGGUAAUCGUUGAGAAUCCUCACAUUGAAAAGACAUACAAUCCACCUGCACCAAGGAAGCGGACUGUAUCGACGAACAAUGGCGACAAGUCAGACAUUGUCGCUAUUAAGUCGUCGUCAGAUUCCGAAGAGAUUCUGGUUGAACAAGCCCCAGCUACAAAGGAAGCCCCACCUCAAGUGCACAACAUGCUCGGAUUAGGCAAUUUCGACCUGUUCCGCAUCACGGACACAUCAGUUUUUCUUCUUGGAUUCUACCUGGCAAUUCUGACGCUGGUGACCCCUUCAACGCCUCUGUUUCAAGCAAUUUUUGUGUUGCAUGCACUCCUUUGGCGUGUAUGGUAUCACCUAGGCCUCGGUGCCAUCCUCUACGGGCAAUCAAAGAAUAAGUUCUGGACAAGACACUUCCUCAAAUACGGCGAGAGCCAUACUGAGUCGUGGAAUCAAUGGAAAGGCAUGUAUCAUCUGAGUUUGGUCAUGUCCACAAGCUCAUUCUUGGCCGCCUGUUGGAAGAUGUACUCGCCACCCGAAGACUGGGCCUAUGGCUGGGUUCUCCUUAAGCACGUCGUCGGCGCCGGCCUCAUUGCUCUCCAGGUCUGGACCUCUGUUAGUGUAUACGAUUCCCUUGGGGAGUUCGGCUGGUUCUUUGGAGACUUCUUCUAUGAUUCUACAGCCAAGCUGACUUACAAGUCCAUCUAUCGCUUCCUCAACAACCCCGAGCGUAUUUUUGGAACCGCUGGAUUGUGGGGGCUUGCUCUCAUAACGUGGAGCAGAGCCAUCUUCGUCAUGGCGUUGAUCAGUCAAAUUCUCACUCUGGGUUUCAUCAACUUUAUUGAAAAGCCACACAUGCAGAAGAUCUACGGCAGAAGCUUGCGCCAAGAAGCAGGUUUAACCAAGUUCAUCAAGCGCUCCCUCCCACCACCCGUUCAGGGUUGGCAAAGGGGCGUCGACAAGGUCCUCGAUGGCACAGCACAAUUCAUUGAGGAAUUUUUGGAUGCAGCUCGUCCCAAGUUCGCCGCAGGCAUCGAGACCAUUGUCCGCGACACAUCUGCUUUGUUUAACAAAUACCCCGCCCGCCUGACUGUCACCCGUCUUUCCCCUGACCUUGCGGGACUGAACCCCAAGUUCUACUCUCUCACUGUGGAAGGCACACCUUCGAGUAUCUCGGCUGCCAAUGAGCGGGCGACAGGCAAGGAGAGUGUGACGGCGCGAUUCCCUCGUAGCGUGGAAACUCAAAUUUUUGAGUAUGGUUCCCCAUUAAAGGUCAAGUGGCGGGCUCCCGUGAAGCAUGACAGCAAGGAUUGGAUCGGUCUUUAUAUGGUUACCGAUAACCAUUCCAGAGAUGUCACGGAGGUCUCAUCCCUUGGUCGAUGGGUACCCACCACGCCGGGCAACUACGAUGCUGCUACCGCUGAUAAAGCUAUCUUGGUUCCAGACCGUCCCGUCCCGAAGAGAGAUUCAUCGGAGCCCGACCUCGUCGAAGGCGAAGUCAUCUUUGAGGGUGACCGGUUGUGGUGGACGCAAGGUGUGUUUGAGUUCCGCUACCAUCACGCUGGCAGCCACAACGUUAUGAGCAUCUCCCAGCCAUUCGAGAUUCGGAUCGGCAAGUUCGACGAAGAAGACGUCGAGGUGGACGCCAACGGCAUUUACGAGAAGGCCGUUGAGGAAGCUUUACUGCCUUUGGUACAGAACUGCUGUGACCGUGACCCUGACAUUGCGCCCACUACGGUUGACGAGACGUUUGGUGGUCACGUCGAGAGAGAUAGCAAGUACGCCAAGAGGAUCGUUUAUGCCAUUCAUCAGAUGUUCGGUAUUGAGUUUGCUCCGGCAAUCGUACCUGCGGACGGCAACGUGAAAAAAAUGGCAUGGAGGAUUUGCAAUGCAAAACAGGUUUUGGCACCUUACAGUAUGUCUGCGUCUAGAGGAAACAGCACUCCUACCGGAACUUCCUUUGAGAAAGCCUGA